AUGUCGAAGAGACUUAAGGAGGGAGGCCCGCAGCCGAGGAAGAAGAAGCCCAAGGCCCCAGAACCCGAUUGCGAGGGCGAGCGAGGCUUUCUUGUCACAGGACAGACCUGUCAAAAUGCAUUGCGAGGCUUGAAAGACCUGCGGUUGUGGCUCGAAGUGGAGGCAGAGGUGGAGACCGCAGUGACAGAAGCGACCGAAGCGAGCUCGCGACCACGGGGAGUGGCAGAGAGCUUGGAUGCCGAGCUCUUGGAGCUGCGGAGCGACCCAGCUCAGAGGCGCUUUGUGACUGUCGGGAUGGUGUGCAAGGAGGUAGCCUUCCUGCGCUUGCAGCACAAUGCAGACGUGCCGUCGAGGCUGGCUCGCCAGUUCCUGGCCUUCAGUGCCAAGAAACGCUUUGUCUCACGCUUCGCGGACCGUAUCCUUCCUGUCGACGGGUCCGCGCGCCCAAAGCCAGAAAACUUCAAGUGUCUUGCAGAAGACACUCUAGCCGCUCACGCUGGCCGGCCAUGGCGCUUGCUCUAUGAAGCCUUUCGGGGCGGAUGGAACACCAUUUCGAAAGAGGAUGCAAUGGAAGCCUGCAAGCAGCACCUGGGACCAGAUUGCCAAAGUGUCAGUGAGCCAGAGGUGACGGUGGUUUGCACGGUGCAGCCGAGAUUUGUAGGCUUGGCAGUGGUUGAAAUGGACGUCGACUGCUUUCGGGUGGACGACGAGUGA